AUGGCUACCAUUAAGAUCGACUCAGAGUUGAUGACCAAUUACGUGUCUACCGUUCCCGUCCCCGCUGGUAGCCAUCACGUUACUGUUCUCGAUCACAAACGGAUGCCAAUGGUCUUUUGUCUUAGUAAUGAUCGGCCGUCACCUCGGCUCCAGAUACUGCGUCGAGACGCAGAAGGCCACUCGCAGCUGUUUGAUAUACACGCUCUAAUCGGCUUGCCGAAGGAUGCUUACGUUCAAAUAUUCCAUGUAGAGCAGUCUUGGGACUUGAGACUCCACCUUGCUGUUGCAUACGGAGACGGAAAGGGGUCGAAGUCGUAUCUUCAUCUCAUGAAGCCUUUCGCGCCGGAGUUGCUGCGACAAAGUGAUGAUGCACUGCCUCAUAUACCUGGAGAGGCUCAAUUCGGGACUAUACAAAAGAUUCUCAUGGCACCAUUCUCCGGAACCAACAGCAAUGUGAUAUACCCGGACAUCUUCCUCAUCCAUCAGGAGCCAGAUCAAACUAUUUCGUGGGGAAAGGAUAUCUGGCAUAUCCAGGUUCAGCCAAGGUUCAGAAGCUGGUCUGCUUCCAAAGAGCUCGAUACUCCGGAAAACGUGUCUGAGAUAUUGGACAUUGCGCCUGCUUCGAGCUCAUACGGCCAGGGGCUCUAUGUUCUGUAUAUUACACAAGGGAAAACAAAACUCUAUGCUCGAUACAUUAGACCCGAUCCCAAUGCCACUGAUGGCACCCAGUUCACCUUCACGACCCCUGUCAGUUGUCCUGAAGGCGCGCGAUGUAUUGCGUCGCUGUCGAAUAACAAGGGAUAUAGUGGUCUUUUGAUUGCCGCGUCCGACGGUAUUAGAUAUCUAACAGUCAGCGAUGCCACUUCCAGGGACAGGCCAGGAAAGCUCAUCUUCACCGACGAAAUACUACAGAACCUCAGACAGCUUCAUUUGUGUCAAGAUCAGAACGACGUAGCUAUCUGGUUUCGGAACAACAAAGGCGAGCUGGGGUACAUCCGUACUAAGGCUGAUAGUGUGGCAGAAGCCUCAACUUGUUCCCUUCUAUUAUCCCCCGGCUUGUCCAGUUCCUUCUCAGCGGCCAUUACCGCACCGCAUAGUUAUACUGGCCAGGCAGUCCGACAGAUGGUGGUUUCCAACGAUCGAUCCGGGAAUCUCAUGCUGAUUGAACAAACGGCUGACAUUGGACUCUGGCGAAAGACGCCAUUUUACCAACCCUCGUCGAACGAACCCACGCCUCUGAAGAGCUACACAAUAACUAUGAAGGCCAAGGACGACAAAGGCAAUAGUUUAUCUUCAGGGAGCAUCCGUGUCUCGGCAUCCUCAUCGAUCAGCAUACUCCUCAACGGGCGGAAUCUUCUCCUUACCACUGUACCAAUGUGGUUGGAUUGCGAUCCGGCGGGCAAUCUCGACUUCAUUGUUCCAAGUGAUAGUCUUGGCUCACAGAAGCUGAUUAUUGAUCAAGUAAGAGGUGAGCAAGGCAAGAUCUUGCCAUUCACACGAACGGAGUAUGAUGCCUCGGCGAAACCCAUGCAGCUUCUAGGUCAGAAGCUUGAAUGGAUCAAGUCUUUGGACCAGUUCAAGAACCUCAAAACACAGUCUGGAGAAGACUUGUUUGAAGAGGAUGUGAAGAGCGAUGAGGCCCUGAUGAAAAAUGCCCAUGGCUGUCUUCAGAGUCUCUUGGGGGUCUACAGUUCAAUGCAGUCACAUAAUUCCUCAUUGUCUGCGCAGUCAGAUCCGAAAAUCGCAGCAGACUCGGACAUGGUAGCCAGCGAUCAAGUCUCGACACAGAGUUCCGGCAGCGCGUUCAUGGAUGCGUUCUACUGGCUAAGGGAGAAAUUCAAUGAGGUCAAAGAAUGGGUCAUUGAAAAAGCAGGUAAGGUCUGGAUGUUUGUUUGCAAGAUUACAGGGGAAGUUAAGAAACUUGUCCUUGACUGUGUCGAGAAGAUCUGCGAAGUCGCUACAUGGAUCUGGAAAAAGGUCAAGGUAGGAUGGCAGAAACUAGUAGAUUUUAUCGGGUUCAUGUUCAACUGGCGCGACAUCUUGGCCACUAAAAAUACCAUCUCGAGCACCAUCACAGCCGGCUUAGGCUAUGCCGCAACUAAGAUAGACGGCCUACAGACCAAGGUGGACGGCUUCCUCACAUCGCUAGAGCGCACAGUGGACCAGUUUGGCUCUAGCAUCACAUUGGAUAAGAAACUUGGCGGAGAAAACAUGCCCAGUGACCAGAAGGUAUCAGACGCGCAGUCGUCCACUGCAACUACGUGGGCUUCAGAGCGACUGAGAAACGGGGGUGCUAGCACAAGUACCAAAGCAGACUUUCAAGGGAGCACAAAGUCGGAUGAGGCUACCAAGUUCUGGGAGUCUUUCAUGGCGCCCGAGAUCGCCAAGCUCGGCGCUGCCAUGAGCCAACUCGGUCAGGACAUAACUAUGCUGUUCAUGAAGAACGGUUCAAUCAACGGUGACGACAUCAUCAAGGUUUCCAAGAGCAUUGUCAAGGCAGGAAUCGCAUCCGUAAGGGCCAUAGUCAUAGGCCUAUUAAAACUCGUCAAGGUCUUCGUUCAGAAGCUUUCCGAACUAGGCAAUGCCGAGAUAAACAUCCCUAUUUUCUCUUGGCUCUACAAGAAAAUAAGUGGUGGUCAUGCAUUGACGCUUUUCGACGCAGUCUCCCUGAUCAUUGCUAUCCCAACAACUAUCUUCGCAAAACUCAUAACUGGAAAAGCCCCGCCGACUUUCGCCACGAUGGAUGCCAGCCUCAUCAGGGGCCUUAUUGAGGGGAAUGGUGUUCCUUACAGCACGAAAACUGACUGGACAAUCUUCUGCGGCGAGGUUGUUGUUGGCAUCACGUUGACGUCAGGCGCUGUUAGUCUAAUCAAGCUACUCUACAAAACUGCUACUCAGGGACUGGACGAUGUCCUGGACGAGUUGGAUGAAGGACCUUCGUCUCUCUUUGACGUCUUUGGUAUUGUUGUUGAUAUCAUAGGGUCGUUGAUGGCAAUACCUGAACAGAAUGAUAUGCCCGGGGCUGCGUACCGAAAUGCAAUAAGCGCUAUAUCCUGCUUCCGAGGCUUUUACCAUACAUUUGCCUUCUUCGUCAAAGGAAAAGGCUCGGUGGAGAAGGUUGUCCUGGUUCUGGAUCUCUUGACAGUCUUUGCCAAUCUCGGCCUCUCCAUUGCUGUUGGCGUUGAGGAAACAAAGGCGGCGGAUUCAUGGGAGGAUUAUGAUAAAGAUGCAACGGAAACAGGAUUCAUAACCUCGGGGCUCAACACAUUGGCGGGCGUUGCUUACUUCACUGCGUUUUUCUUCAAAACGAACCCGGGGAUCUCGUCUGCAAGCGCAGCUGUGAUGGUCGGGACGGUGGCGGCGGGAGCUGCGCUUGAGGGUAUGGUCUUCAAGUUGCAAUACGACAAAAGUAGAAAGAUAGCACUACCUAGCCCGCCUCCAUUUUAA